GGCGCGGGCCGGCGAUGGCGCGGCGGCGCUGAGGACGCGGGGUGGGCGACGGCCGGAGGGCGGGCGGCGCGGGAGGAAGCGGCGGCGGCGGCGGCGGCGGCUCCAUGGCCCGGGCGCGCUGAGGAACGCGGCUCUCGCCUCAGCCCGGCGGCGGCGGUGGCGGCCGAACAAUGAAGCUCCUGAAGCCGACCUGGGUCAACCACAAUGGCAAGCCAAUUUUUUCAGUUGAUAUUCACCCUGACGGGACCAAGUUCGCAACUGGAGGACAAGGUGACGGCAAAGGGCAGAUAAGAAGGACAGGAUUCUGGGAAGGUUGUGAUCUGGAAUAUGUCUCCAGUCCUCCAGGAGGAUGACGAGAAGGAUGAAAAUAUUCCCAAGAUGCUUUGCCAGAUGGACAAUCACUUAGCAUGUGUGAACUGUGUGCGGUGGUCAAACAGUGGGAUGUAUUUAGCUUCUGGGGGAGAUGACAAACUGAUUAUGGUGUGGAAACGGGCUACGUACAUCGGCCCCAGCACCGUGUUUGGCUCCAGCGGUAAGCUUGCCAACGUGGAGCAGUGGCGAUGUGUCUCCAUCCUCCGGAGUCACUCAGGCGAUGUGAUGGACGUAGCUUGGUCUCCCCAUGACGCCUGGCUGGCCUCGUGCAGCGUGGAUAACACUGUUGUCAUCUGGAACGCUGUGAAGUUCCCAGAAAUUCUAGCUACUUUGAGAGGUCAUUCUGGCUUGGUGAAGGGGUUGACUUGGGACCCUGUUGGUAAAUACAUUGCUUCUCAAGCUGAUGACCGCAGCCUGAAGGUGUGGAGGACGCUGGACUGGCAGUUGGAGACUAGCAUCACAAAACCUUUUGAUGAGUGUGGAGGGACGACACACGUGUUGCGACUCAGCUGGUCACCUGAUGGGCACUACCUGGUAUCUGCCCAUGCCAUGAACAACUCUGGCCCCACUGCCCAGAUCAUCGAACGGGAGGGCUGGAAGACUAACAUGGACUUUGUCGGGCACCGGAAAGCUGUGACUGUUGUGAAAUUCAACCCAAAAAUCUUCAAAAAGAAGCAGAAGAAUGGGAGUUCUGCGAAGCCCAGCUGCCCAUACUGCUGCUGUGCUGUUGGCAGCAAGGACCGUUCUCUCUCUGUCUGGCUCACCUGUCUGAAACGGCCUUUGGUUGUUAUCCAUGAGCUGUUUGACAAAUCCAUCAUGGAUAUUUCCUGGACUCUGAAUGGUCUGGGCAUUCUGGUGUGCUCCAUGGAUGGCUCUGUGGCAUUCUUAGAUUUCUCCCAGGAUGAGCUUGGAGACCCCCUGAGCGAGGAGGAGAAGAGCCGCAUUCACCAAUCUACCUAUGGCAAGAGCUUGGCCAUCAUGACCGAGGCCCAACUCUCCACAGCUGUCAUUGAGAACCCUGAGAUGCUCAAGUACCAGCGGAGGCAGCAACAACAGCAGCUGGACCAGAAGAGUACCACAGCCAGAGAGACGGGCUCAACUGCCUCUGUCGCCGGUGUCGUUAAUGGGGAGAGUCUAGAAGACAUCAGGAAGAAUCUUUUAAAGAAACAAGUUGAGACUCGGACGGCAGAUGGUCGGAGGAGAAUCACACCUCUCUGCAUAGCACAGCUGGACACCGGGGACUUCUCCACAGCGUUCUUUAACAGCAUCCCGCUCUCGGGUUCCCUGGUGGGCACCAUGCUCUCCUCUCAAAGCAGUCCACAGCUGCUGCCCCUGGACUCCAGUACCCCCAACUCCUUCGGCGCCUCGAAGCCUUCCAUAGAGCCUGUGGCGGCAGCCGGCACCAGGCCUGCAGGCGAUUCUGUCAGUAAGGACAGUGUGAACGCUACCUCUACUCCUGCUGCAUCAUCACCCUCCGUAUUAACAACCCCGUCCAAGAUCGAACCGAUGAAAGCAUUUGACUCUCGAUUCACCGAGCGGUCCAAAGCCACACCGGGUGCUCCUGCCUUGACCAGUGUGACUCCAACAGCCGUGGAAAGGUUGAAGGAACAGAACCUUGUGAAAGAGCUGAGGCCCCGGGACCUCCUGGAGAGCAGCAGUGACAGUGAUGAGAAGGUCCCUGUGACCAAGCCCUCCUCACUGUCCAAGCGAAAACUGGAGCUCGAGGUGGAAACGGUGGAGAAGAAGAAGAAAGGGCGGCCUCGGAAGGACUCCCGGCUCAUGCCUGUGUCUCUGUCUGUCCAGUCCCCAGCUGCCCUGACUGCAGAGAAGGACACCAUGUGUUUGUCUGUACCAGCGCCUGCACUGAAGCUGCCCAUGCCGGGCCCCCAGAGAGCAUUCACCCUCCAGGUGAGCUCCGACCCCUCCAUGUACAUUGAGGUGGAGAAUGAAGUGACGGCCGUGGGGGGUGUGAAGCUGAGCCGCUUGAAGUGUAACCGGGAAGGGAAGGAGUGGGAGACGGUGCUCACGAGCCGGAUCCUCACUGCUGCCGGCAGCUGUGAUGUGGUGUGUGUCGCCUGUGAAAAGAGGAUGCUGUCAGUGUUCUCCACCUGUGGUCGCCGCCUCCUCCCUCCCAUCCUCCUGCCGUCCCCGAUCUCCACUUUGCACUGCACGGGCUCCUACGUCAUGGCGCUCACUGCUGCAGCCACACUGUCUGUCUGGGACGUUCACAGACAGGUGGUUGUUGUGAAAGAAGAGUCUCUACACUCCAUCUUGGCAGGCAGUGAUAUGACAGUGUCACAGAUCUUGCUGACACAGCAUGGAAUCCCAGUGAUGAACCUGUCUGAUGGGAAGGCAUACUGCUUUAAUCCGUCACUUUCUACUUGGAACCUGGUUUCUGACAAGCAGGACUCCCUGGCCCAGUGUGCGGACUUCAGGAGCAGCCUGCCUCCCCAGGACGCCAUGCUGUGCUCGGGACCUUUAGCCAUAGUCCAGGGUCGUGCCACCACUUCAGGAAGGCAGGCGGCCCGGCUCUUCUCCGUGCCUCACGUGGUGCAGCAGGAAACCACCCUGGCCUACCUGGAGAGUCAGGUCGCAGCGGCGCUCACGCUACAGUCCAGCCAUGAAUACCGCCAUUGGCUCCUCCUUUACGCACGGUACCUCGUGAACGAAGGGUCUGCGGAAGAGGGAGCUGCUGAAGGAGUUGCUGCCAGUCAUCGGGCAGAACCUCCGCUUCCAGCGCCUCUUCACCGAGUGUCAGGAACAGCUCGACAUUCUGAGGGACAAGUAGCCUGCCCAGGCCAGCCCUGGCUGACGCAAGGGCAAGGCCACACUCUCACCGCUGAUGACACACAGGGCCGCCUCACACCUCAUCAGGCUACAGUAGGACGGGGAAACACUGGCAGGAGAUGGGCUGUCCUGCACCAGCGUCGGCCCAGCUCCCUUGGCAGACUUCCCCUCUGUCCUGGGUCUCUUGCUCCAUUGGAAGGGAGCAGCUCUGCCCGCAACUCAUCCCUCCCUCCAGGACCCCUGUGCAGAGCUGGGGCUGGGGCUCUGCCCUGCUGCCCUGGGCUCGGUGAGGCGCUCCCAGGCCUGCCAUCUCCAGCACGGUCCCGAGGUGGACACUAGCCUCUGCCACUGCAGGCGCUGUGCUGCUUCAGCUAUGACGAAUGAGCCAUUUGUGAACGAGAACCCUGAAACGUUAGUGUAUUAUGCAGUCAGUAGACUGACCCGAGACCUAUGUAAAAGGAAAGGCUAUUCCCACACACGGACUAUUUUUGUACUAGAAUUUGCUAACUUGUAAUAUGGAAUUUUCCUUUCAGCCAAUAAUCAGGAUUUCCCUAUAAGUCACUUGGACAUUGGUCACUUGUAGGAAAUUUAAACUCUAAUUAUGACAGCUACGUUGAAAAAUAAUUGUACUGAAAUUAACUUGUCUAUCUUCAUUUGGUUUUAAUUUUUAAAUGUUUGUAAAAAGAGACUGUUUUUUGGGGGAUGGGGCAGAGGGUGGGCGAUUUCUUUUGUAAGUAUAAAAUAAAUGAACACACAUUGGAUACCAAA